UGCGGGCGGACGGCUCCGCUGCAGCACCGCUCCGCCCCGGUCACCUUGGCCAUGGUGUUCCUGCCCGACGAGGCCCGGUCGCUGCCGCCGCCGCCCAUCGCCAACCGCAUCUCGGCCUGGCUCGGGUUCUGCGGGUGGUUCGCGGCCCUGCUGGACAACGGCUUCAACCAACGGCCGGUCCUCAGAGCCGGAGUUCACCGCCAGAUCCUGUUCACCACCGUGGGCUGGUUUGUUGGCUACUACCUGGCUAAGCGCACGGAGUACAUGUACGCCAAGGUGGACAGGGAGCUGCUGGAGUACGUCAGGCAGCACCCCGAGGACUUCAGGGGAGCAGAAAAGAGAAGAAUUGGAGAGGUUUUUGAGGAAUUCCACCCAGUUCGCUGAGGGGACACGACACAGGAUGAGCUAAUUCCAUACCAGGAACUGUCAGGCUGCUGUCACUGUUCAACCGUCCAUGACUGGAAAAUGAACCAGUGCUCACUUUCAUAUAAUAAAAGCUACAAUUCAAUACUUGAUGUUUAA